AUGGAAGAAUGGGAAUUAAUGAAAAAUACAGUUAAUACCAAUUAUCAUGCUAAUGAUUUUGAAAUUAUAAUUUCCAAAAACAACCUUGAUGAAAUUAAGAAUCAUUUAAAGAACAAAGAGUAUGAAGAAUUGAAUAUUUCCAUAAAUGAAGGUACCUGGCAGUUAGAUUCUAUAUCAAUUCCUUUAAAGAUAGCUGCCAGAGAGAUAGAAGGGUUAAAAUUAGCAGUCAAUGUAUACCAUUCUAGAACAGAAAUCCCAGAUAAACCAGCACCAGAUUGGAUACGAUUUGUAUGUGUUAGUGAUACUCAUAAUAUGGUCAACUCUAGGAAUUUUACAGUACCUGAAGGCGAUGUUUUACUUCAUUCAGGUGAUUUGACCAAAGUAGGGACUGUGGAUCAACUAGAACAAGCUGUCAAUUGGUUGAAAGAUCUUCCACAUAGACAUAAAAUUGUCAUUGCUGGUAAUCAUGAUCUAAUAUUGCAUAAGGAAUUUUAUGAAACAAAUUGGUCAGAAUUCCAUACUGUUAAAGAUAAUCACGAUAAAGCAAUUGGCAUAAUAAGCAAAGUAGGUAAUGGAUUUGUUUAUUUACAAGAAAGUUCAUAUGUAAUUCCUGAAAUUGGAUAUAAAGUGUAUGGAAGUCCAUGGACUCCAUGGUUUUAUGAUUGGGGAUUUAAUGGUGAGCGUGGUGAAUUUUUAAAAGAAAUAUGGUCAAGAAUACCAGAAACAACAGAUAUACUUAUGACGCAUGGACCACCAUCCAAUAUACUUGAUCUUGUCGAUGGCACUGAAAAUGUUGGGUGUGAAGAUCUUUAUCAACGAGUUGAAGAAGUAAAACCAUUGGAUUAUGCACAAACCACUCUAGUGAGAAAUCAUGACAACAGCAACAAUUUGCAUAAUUAUAAUGAUAUAAGUGACUUCAUUUUAAAGAAUGAUGGAUGUAUAUCAGAGAGUAAGAAGGAAGAAAGUGGAAUGGAGGAGAGAUCAGUGACACUAGCACAAGAUUAUAUUGGUAGGAAUUAUAAAAAGCUGAUACAAGAGCAAUUAAAUCAACAGAGAUAUGGAAUUACAACCAAUUAA